GAUCGCGUUAGGACAACUUGAGAAUGGUGUCCAGGCAAGUCCGUUAGUUUGACGAAGAGAGAGAGCGAGACCGUCCAUGACUUGAACACAGACAUCAACGCCUUUACAACAUCAUUGGCAGCAAUGUCGAGAGAAAACACCACUCGAAGUUUGGACAGCAUAGAUCUUGCUGCACUGAGAGAUCCCGCUGGUAUCUUUGAGCUGGUGGAGGUGGUAGGCAAUGGAACCUAUGGUCAAGUUUACAAGGGUCGCCAUGUCAAAACAGGUCAAAUGGCCGCUAUCAAAGUCAUGGAAGUCACAGAGGAGGAAGAAGAGGAAAUAAAGCUGGAGAUCAACAUGUUAAAGAGUUAUUCCCACCAUAGAAACAUCGCAACUUAUUAUGGAGCUUUUGUUAAGAAAGGUCCUGUUGGACAGGACCACCAACUCUGGUUGGUGAUGGAGUACUGUGGCGCUGGCUCUGUGACUGACUUGGUAAAAAAAACAAAGGGUAACUGUCUAAAAGAGGAUUGGAUUGCUUACAUCUGCCGAGAAGUUCUCAGGGGUCUUUCCCAUCUCCAUUCCCAUCAUGUGAUUCACAGGGACAUUAAGGGACAGAAUGUUUUGCUUACAGAGAAUGCCGAAGUAAAACUUGUGGAUUUUGGGGUUUCCGCACAAUUGGACAAGACGAUUGGUCGAAGAAACACUUUCAUCGGUACUCCCUAUUGGAUGGCUCCUGAGGUCAUUGCCUGUGAUGAGAAUCCAGAAUCUACAUAUGAUUACAGGAGUGACCUCUGGUCUUUAGGCAUCACUGCUUUAGAGAUGGCAGAAGGAGCCCCACCUCUGUGUGACAUGCAUCCCAUGAGAGCUCUGUUUCUAAUUCCACGCAACCCUCCACCCAGACUUAAGUCCAAAAAAUGGUCUAAGCGCUUUCUGUCAUUCAUUGAUAGCUGCCUAGUUAAGAACCAUCUGCACCGACCCACAACAGAUGUACUGCUGAGGCAUGCCUUCAUCCGAGAUUUGACUAAUGAGAGACAAGUUCGCAUCAUGCUCAAAGAUCACCUCGACAGAACCCGAAAGAAAAAGGAGAAAGAGGGCCCAGAGUACGAGUACAGUGGAAGUGAAGAGGAAGAAGACGAGGUCACUGAGGAGGAAGGAGAACCCAGCUCGAUAGUGAAUGUUCCUGGCGAAUGGACCUUAAGGCGGGAGUUUCUGCGUUUACAGACAGAGGAUCGAGAAGAGAGCCGACAUAGAGGCCAUAGAGUUGGUGGGGAACAGCAGAGACAACAGCAAAUAGCAGAACAAGAACAAUACAAGCAGCAAUUAUUGGCUGAUCGACAGAGGAGGAUCCAACAACAACAUGAGAAGCGACAAAUGUUAGAAGAUCAUCAGAGGCGACAGCUGUCAAACGCUGCCUUUCAGUGGACAGAACUACAAGAGCUUGUGCUUGGGGAGGAGUCUGAUAACCGUGACAACAGAAUCUUAAAGAUUGACCGAUAUCAGAGGAAUGAGAGGAAACAGGACAAUGCAGACAGACAGUGGAAUGCUGAUGUAAGGCCUCUGGACUCAGAGCAGAGAGCUGUUGCUCCAUACCAGCUGCUUCAGCUUAAGGCCAAGCACUCGCAGCCUCAUCUCCACUCGCCAGCCAAGACCAAGUCUCCGAGCCAGCAUCAGCAGCCUUCGUCAGGCAGGAGAUCACACCGCACCCUACCUAAAGACCAAACGCAGCUCCUGUCCCUGCAGCAUGACAACAGGCACAGUGAGAGCGAGAAGGACUGGGAGAGGCAAAGAGAAAAGCCAGAGGCAUUUGUCCAAAAGCUAAUGGCUAACAGCGGGAACACAGGCGCUCCUGCCGCUACCGCUGCCGCUGCCUUGUCCAGCUGCCCCGCAAACUGCCAGCGCUCAGCGAUGGAUUACCAGGACUCCCAGUUAGCGAGGAUGCUUUUAGCUGCUGGCCUCCCCAACGAGAUACACUCAAGACUUGGCUCUGGUAGCAGUUCUAGUCCUUGUACGCCAGCCAUGCAGAGAGCUCACAUUAACCAGAAUGCCAAUUUGCGCUCGAGCCGAGUUGCCCCUCACAGCAGCUCCAUGUCAAAUAUGGCUAUCUCGGCUUUGUCCCCUUUCACGCCUGUAUCGCCCUCAGAUGAUGUCUUCUGGGACUCUGAGACACCACCUAAGGUGCCAGAACGUACUACCUCUAAGUUCUACUGCAGAGAACUGGUGAAGGGACACAACAGGGCUGCUUCCAGUGGCAGUCCUGUGCUUAUGACAGAUAAAAGCUCUCUGUCUCACGGGGCUUCUAUCAGCAGAAACCAUCCAGAGCACUUCAAGUUGGAGAGUCCACGUGUGCAGCAGCGUCUUCAGCAGCGCAGACGGCAACAGAACGACAUAACUGGAAGACAUUUACAAGGUGUCAAGACUGUUCUGAGCCCAUUCAACAAGGCCACAGAAUAUUCCUCCUCUAGUGACGAGUUUGGAAGUAGUGACGAACAAGACAGGAACAGUUGUGGCCUCCCCAAUGGAAAGGGAGAGAAAUACUUAAAAAGAAUACCAGAUGGCAUUGUGCUGCAGCCUCAUCACAAUCUUAACCAGAUUUCUCAGAUGACAUCAGAUGAUACCUACAUGCUGCCAGACCUUCUGCAGAAAAUAUCUUCAUCAAGUCCUUCUCGCAAUGCACUAAGCCAGCAACAGCGGACACGAGAACAGAAAUACGCACAAUCGCCCACGGCACCGCGAUCCCUCACACCUCAGGAGCUACAUGCUUUCGGCAGUCCAGCUAGUAACAGCAUCUCACCUUCCUCUUCCUCUCUCUUCUCCUUUAUCGAUCCAAGAUUGAUCCCUAUAUCUUCGCCACCUCAGAGCCCAAUAUGUAGUAAGGGUGAGCCAAUCAAGAGAGAGAACCACAGGAAAGGCUCUGUGGUGAAUGUGAACCCAACCAAUAUUCGACCGCAGAGUGACAGUCCUGAGAUCCGCAAAUACAAGAAGAAAUUCACCACUGAGGUGCUCUGUGCUGGACUAUGGGGAGUGAAUCUGUUGGUGGGGACAGAAAACGGUCUUUGGCUGCUGGACCGAAGUGGUCAGGGGAAGGUUUACUCACUCAUUAGCAGAAGAAGGUUUCAGCAGAUGGAUGUGCUGGAAGGACUGAAUGUGCUCAUUACUAUAUCAGGUAAAAAGAACAAGCUUCGCCUUUACUAUCUUUCCUGGCUGAGAAAUAAAAUCCUCCGGAAUGACCCGGAGGUGGAGAAGAGGCAGGGUUGGACAUCUGUUGCUGAUCUGGAAGGCUGUGUCCACUAUAAAGUGGUGCGUUACGAGAAGAUCAAGUUCUUGAUAAUUGCUUUGAAGACUGCAGUGGAGGUUUACGCUUGGGCACCCAAACCCUACCAUAAGUUCAUGGCCUUUAAGUCUUUCAGGUCCUUACCACAAAAGCCACUGUCUGUUGAUCUGACAGUGGAGGAAGGCCAAAGGUUAAAGGUCAUCUAUGGUUCCUCUUCUGGUUUCCAUGCAAUUGAUGUAGAUUCUGGGACGCCAUAUGACCUCUACUUGCCCACACAUAUCCAGGGUUCCAUUCAUCCGCACGCCAUCAUUAUUUUGCCAAACAGUGCCGGAACAGAAGUUCUUGUUUGCUACGAAGACGAAGGCGUGUACAUUGAUACCUAUGGGCGCAUCACCAAGGAUACGGUUUUGCAAUGGGGAGAGAUGCCUGCAUCAGUCGCUUACCUACAGUCCAAUCAGGUGAUGGGUUGGGGAGAGAAGGCCAUUGAGCUCAGGUCUGCCAACACAGGAAACCUGGAGGGGGUUUUCAUGCACAAAAGGGCCCAGAAACUCAAGUUCCUGUGUGAAAGGAAUGACAAGGUCUUCUUUGCAUCAGUGCAAUCAGGAGGCAGCAGUCAGAUUUACUUCAUGACAUUGGGUCAGAACUCUCUUUUCAACUGGUAAUAAACUAGACGUGCGGCACCAAGAACUUCUGCUUGUGCAGUCCAUCAGUCUUCACGCUUGUCUCACUUUGUCGCAUCCUGAAUGUGAAUUUUGACCAAGAAGAUCUGUCUGUGAAAGUACAUACUGACAUUGUUUUGGAGCUGCAUUUGUCAACAUCUGAAGUCCAACAAAUUCACUGGAUUUUGUUUUUCCUCAUGCAUGCGAGGUCAUCUUGUUUGGAUUAAUCGCAUUCUUACUGCCUUUCUCUACCGACAUUCCACAACCCAAAAUUCUGCUGCAGUCAUUCUUUCAAACAGCAUCCAUGUGAUGGAAUGAAAGGUGGAAGAAUAAGAGCUUUACUAUCUCUUGUUUACGGAAAUCAUCUGAGAGCUUCAAAGAGGAUCCCCUCACAGCGACAAACAGACCACACAUUUGGUUGCUCAUCACAUUACUUUAAUCACUUUAACCACUUUCCAAAUUGCUUGUCAGCUGUCAGAAUUGCUUGAGUUAUUCAAACAGCCACAUGGAGAUGUUUAACCCCUGUGGCUGAUGUUAAAUGUUGAAUGUAUGAAAGUACCUUCGUGAAAAAGAAACAAGAUUUACUACGCAUCACGCGUAGUAGUUCCUCAUUCCUUCAUUUUUUAGUUUUAUCUGCAAACUGAAUCUAAUUUGCACCAUCAAACAUUUUUGUAUUGCUAGAUUGUUGAUCUAAAAACAAGGCUAAAUUUCUCCAAUGACUAUUAAGGAAAACGAAGCUCAUUGAAUUGAGUUCUACAUUGUGAUACUUAGCAGGCAUCACAAUUAGAUACCACACAAUCAAUGUAGUUCAGUACUUAAAAGGUGCAAUUGUGUAAAGCUAAACAAAUGCACUCCAACAGUAUUUCCAGGCUGUGUGUCUUUGCCUUGAACAUAUCCAAGAAGUGUAUGUACGUGUAUAUGUCAAACAAAUUGUAUAUAAGUGAAUGUUUGUUUUUUGUUUUUUUAGAGGGUGAAUGUGAAGACUGCUUUAAACUGGUUUUUUUUUUUCCCUUCAAAUGACAUUCAUAAAUGCACUCCUGUUUGACCUGUGAUUAACUUCACAGAAGUGUAGCAUGCUCCAGAACGCUACAUGUGUGCACGUGACCAAAUAUUCUAACUUGCCCGAUAAAGGGCCAGCCAACCUAUGCGACAAACUUAUCUUGAACCUUCCAGAGGUACAAGGAGAUGUAAAACUUGAAAAAUACAUAUUGGCCUUCAGGGACAGGAAAUAUCAGAGCAAUUCUAAGACCAGUCCAGAAGGUGAUUCCGUCCGGGAGUUUAAAUUCCAUUUUCUCAUGCCAAUAUAUGUUUUGCCUCUUAUACCCAUUUCCAAGAGCGUCCCUCCUCACUUACUUUACUGUUUGUGCCAGUCGACUGCAGUUAUUUACAAAUUCGUCCAUAUGUUACAAACAUGUCAUUCUACUACUCAGUGUCAUUCCACAUAGCUUUUUUUAGGGGUUGUGUUUACAAGAAGUGUCAACCCCCUGCACAAUCCGCACAUGCCGAUUGCUGCCACUUUCGUAGUCGGAGAAAAACCCAUUCCUAAAACACAGUCAUUGUGUUCAAUUGCCUUACUAGUGAGGACUAUGGUCAUUUUAGUUAGUACAUGGAUCUAGCUGGAUAUCAAGGAUUUCGAAUUAAUCCUCAAAUGACUUUUCUAUAAUUGUUACUUCUGGAUUACUGGAAGCAAACAUGCCCCCAGUGCGUCAUCUCAGUCAAGCUGUAUCACAAAUGAGAAAGCCCGGCGCACUCCCGCCUACACUUCACUGAUAUCCGCUCACAUCUCCCAAGUCUCCACCAUCAAGUUUUCUCACUUGCUGCUGCAUUUCACCCCCCUUCCCCUCCACUCCACUUUUAUCUUCCUCAAACUCACGUUCCUCCAGUCUUUGUUCCCAAGUGUUGUUUGCUCUCUUUCCAUUCCAUCCACCCCCAGCUCUGCUGCCAAACGCUCCAUCAGCAUCACUAAGCUUCUGGUUGUGUCGUUGAAUGCAGUCAAGUCUUGUUAGGAAACAUAUUGUGUUUGAGUACUGCACAAAUACAGGAACGCAACAGGACUUCAGGUCAUCAAUAUGUGCAUUAUUAAUUUCUUCAUAAAGUCAUUAAAACUAAGACCAUGGAAUUGACCAGUACCGUACACGAGUUGAUGCUUGUUGUCGGUUCUACCUUUUCCUGCAUUUGCAACAUUUGCAGUAAGUUUUGAAUGUCACAUCUAAUGCAAAGCUGCAUAUUUUCAAAAUGACAGUCACAAUCUACAGUAAAUUGAGCAUUAGCUACUAGACUAAGUAAGGCUGUGGUUGUAAAGUGAUGAUGUUUAGGAUACUGAAGAAUCGUACCUCUUCUUGCCGAAUUCCUAGUCGUGUCUGCAGACUAAGUGAUGGGAAAAAGAAUAAAGAUGGAGAAAGUCGUUGAUGGUUGCUUGCAGUGGAAAGAAGGAUUUGAAUGUUACAUGAAGUUGCAUUUGCACGAUCUAAAAUGUUUCAAUCGAAGGUGCCAAACUAAGAUGAUGAGAUGAAGGCAGUCUAUUGCCAACAGCUCUCAGGUUUGCAGUAUAAAUGUCAAACAGCUAUGUACUUGUCAUUGUUCCUUCAUUCCAAGAGGCAAAAGAGAUUAUUUUGUAGGCAAAUACAUAUGUGAAAACCUGCAUUUUGCCUAUUUCCAAACCCUGUAUCAAUGCUAAAGAUUUGUUACUUUGGUUUCUGUUUUUUUGCACUGGAUUUUUGGAUUUUUUGAUUGCUUCAGUUUAAUGGCAUGCUAAUAUGUUUGUAUGCAAAAUGGCAGAAAACAAUAAAUAUUGAAUUAAGUUCACUCCAUUGUUGUUUGUGGCUUCCAACAUAAUAAACAUUCUAGUGUUUGACUUUU